CGGCAAUCGGUCCUAUAAAUUAAGGCUCUUCGAUGCCAAAUCAUUCAUCGUUGAAAGCAAAGGCAUAUAGAAGUUCUGUCUAGCUGGCUCUCGUUCUCUCUCAAGAUGCAGAUCUUUGUGAAAACCCUGACCGGAAAGACCAUCACCCUCGAGGUUGAAAGCUCCGACACCAUUGACAAUGUCAAAGCCAAGAUCCAAGACAAGGAAGGUAUUCCCCCAGACCAGCAAAGGCUGAUAUUUGCCGGCAAGCAGCUCGAGGACGGCCGCACCCUCGCCGACUACAACAUCCAGAAGGAGUCCACCCUCCACCUGGUUCUCCGUCUCCGUGGUGGUAUGCAAAUCUUCGUCAAGACCCUUACCGGGAAGACCAUUACUUUGGAAGUGGAGAGCUCCGACACUAUUGACAAUGUCAAGGCUAAAAUCCAGGACAAGGAGGGCAUUCCUCCGGACCAGCAGAGGUUGAUCUUUGCAGGUAAGCAGCUCGAGGAUGGAAGGACCCUCGCCGACUACAACAUCCAGAAGGAGUCCACCCUUCAUCUUGUACUCCGCCUCCGCGGUGGUUUUUGAAUUCGAGCUCAUUGAUGCUUGUCCCAGCUUCCUGGUCUGAGGAGUAGAAGUGAAUCUAAUGUUUUCUUUUGUGGUUGUGUAUUCUCAGUAAUUUGGGUUAUUAAUAUUGCUUUCGUAUGUGCUUUCUGCUGCUGCAAUUUCUAUUAUUUUGGUACUCCUGCAUUCAUCUGUUUAAAUUGUAUGUUGAGAAUAUUUAACCUAGCAUUUGUAUGUUGGGGGAUAACUUAUACCUUACGUGCAUGUACAUUGGUGUGUUACAAAAAAUUCUGUUAACGA